UCGUCCGCGAGAAUCAUCGCCGCCAUUCAGUCGCUUCUAUUUGCUCAACUGUUCAACAUCUACAAGAUAAAGGAAGGCUAUAGCAGCUACCUAUCGCGCGCUCCUAUCUUAUCGCGUCCACUAUUGAUCACGCACCAUAUAACGCUAAACGCCCGCCUUAAACGGACGACCGGCCACCUUUAUUGUCCAAUUUAAACUUGCAGACGUGUACAGUGCGAUGUUACCGGUGAAGUCAUAAUGUGUGUACCGAAAUAGAAAUACGCAGUUUGCAGGAAAAUAGUAUCAAUAACAAAAGUGUUGCGGUUUGUUAUCGAACGGAAAUGACCACGAAAUCGCCCACAACUAGUGUGAAGUCGCGCGAAAUGAUCGGCGUGGAUCAGUUCAGUCAGCGGCGCGAGGUGUUCGACAAGCACGACACGGUGUUCCUGCCGCUGCCGUCGCCCACCACGCUCUCGCCGGUCUACCCCGACGUGGAACCAAUCAUCACCUCCAACCACGGCAAGACAACCACAAACUUCAAACGAAACACCCCAGCACACUCCAGCAUGAGGGAGUCUAAAACUGACGAACGAAUCUUCGAUUUUCGACCACGGAAGUACUCGGACAACUUCACAUCGGAACUGAACCAGAGUGACGACGUGGACUACAGAUACAGCUCGACGGAGAGGACUCGGAGGCUGUCCAAGCUGAGGAGAGAGUUCCUCACGUCUAACCUCCAUGAUCCCAGCGAGCAGACGUUCACCAGAUCCGGCACGAGGGCUUCCAUGCCCGUCAACUCAAGUCCGAUAAGGUACAAGAUUGAAAGUCCUAAUUUAUAUAAAUUCCCAUUUGCUGAGCCUUAUUCGACACCUCCUCCAGUGCGAAGAGUUGUAUUAGAUUUUGGCCCACCAGAAAUUGAUGAAGGGAAAGAGAAUCAGGACCCUGAAUUGAGAACAAAGUACCAGAGCUUACCGAACAACAAUGCCUCUCCAACUAAAAUAGAUCAUCAAAAAUUGUUUGAGGAAUUAGUCAAAAGAUAUUCACCCCAGCGCAAGCCGGUUGAUUGGACUUUACCUCCGACACGACCUCGAGUCGUAGGAUCAGUUCCUAAAUCCACUUCUAGCAUUGGAGAUACUCUCGACGCGAUUCAAAAGACACAAAAUGAUGACAAAACCAUUAAAGACGACGAUGUUUUCGAAAAGAAAGAAAACGGUAUGCCUAAUAAUAAAGCCGCAUCGCCUAAACCAGCAACAGAAGUGGAAGUAGUUGUUGUGCAAAAUGGUUCUACAUCAAUAAGUAAAGACGAAGACGACGAGAAUAGUAAAAGAGAUUCCUCAGUGACAGAGCUAGCGGAAAAGAACGACCGUGUUCCCGAGUUACAACCAAAUCAAAAAGCAAGUAAGGAGUCCCAAAAGAAGCAGCCACCGCCAGAGAAACACCCAGACUUAACAAUUCCAGCAUUGAUAGACAAAAUAACAACUGAAGGUGAAACUUUAGAGAACAAUAUAAAGAAAACUAAGAAAGUGAAAAGGAAGAGGAGUUUCUUAGACAAACUAUUGGGGCGCAAGAAGGAUAAAUAAGUUUGUGCCUAGUUAGAUAAAGUGAAGUGAUAUUGCAUAGGUACUGCAUUGCUGCAAACCUACCAAAGAUAAUCAUUAACAUGAUGACGUCAGAGUUAUAAUCUUUUGAUAAACAUUCGGUUUUAACACUCACUGGGACUCGGAUUGCUUUCUAUAAAAGUGAACUAACAUGUUUUAGUGGUUUGUUUUUGUGAAACUUUGUUGAAAUUUACUUGAUAACAUUUUCAUUUGUAGCAAAAUAGUAAACUUAUAUAAAAAGUUACCAGCGCUCUAGACAGAAAUCUGGAUAAUAUAGAUUUAUGUCGCUGUGGCCAAUAAUAUAUUUUUUAAAGUAAUAAGUAUCAAUCAGAGUGCGUGUUAAGCCUACAAAGAGUAAAAGUAUUUGAUAAUUUAUUUUGUAUAAAAAUAAUUAAGGCCAGACUUCCUCCAAUUUUUUAUCUUCGUACAGUUAGGUUUGGUUGGGUUAUCGAAAUGCUGAUAAACGUAAGUGCCAUGUGACACUCCUAUCUGCCACCUCACAUCGAAAGAACUUUUUGUUAAAUAUUAAAUGAUCCCGAAUGAAGAAUACCAUAACAUAAUAACACUAUUAUUGCCAUUAAGCCUUUCAGGGUUUUAAAGACUGUCGGCUCUGUCUACCCCGUAAGGGAUAAUGACAUGAUAUAUUUGUUAAUGCUGGAAUUGUCAUUAUAAAAUAGUUUUAAGAUAUUCAAUUGCAGAAUGUUUUUAUAAAUGAAGUUUGUAUAGAUAUUCUUUCUGAAAUAAAUGUUAUAAUUUUUACAUAAUUAAGUAUAAUCAAACUUUUACUACUUUCGAUAACUCAACUAGCUUUAUUUUUCUUUGUAAAGUUUCUUUUUAAAAUAUUUUUAUCAAUUUAAUGUUAUUUUAACUUGAAUAAUAGUAUUCAUAUUUUUCUACCAAUAUUUCGUUUUGUUAAGUGAUGUUUUGACCUUGAAAUAAAAGUAUUUUGUUAUUAAAGAA